GCCCAUGUCGUCGUUCGACGCCAAGAUAAACAACGAGAACAUGACGAAGUGCCUGCAGAGCCUGAAGGAGAUGUACGAGGACCUGGCCACGCAGCAGGUCUUCUGCCCCCACGAGGCCGAGUUCCGCCAGUACAGCGUGCUGCUGAAGCUGAACGACGGAGACAUCCUGCGGGAGGUGCAGCAGUUCAGGGAGGAGGUGCGCAAAUCACCCGAGGUGAAGUUUGCGGUUCAGGCCUUCGCUGCCGUCAACAGCAACAACUUUGUUCGCUUUUUCAAGCUGGUGA